AUGCACGCGUGGGCAUGGCGGCAUGCAAGCUUCAUUCAGCAAAGGUUCACCAGAUCGCAAGGCCAGACUCCGUUCGAGCUGGCAUGUGGGCGACCCUACCAGGGCAAGCUUGUGUGCAUUGGUGAAGCCGUGUAUGGAAGAGUGAAAAGUGCUGUGAAAGGGCAGCCCCGUUGGGGCAUAGGUUUGUGGUUGGGAAAACUUGGGUGUAGCGACGGCCACAUAGUCUUCACUGCUUCGGGACAUUUUCUUGCAUGCAGGUCGAUUCGUCGCUUACCGCAGACUUACUUGAGGAGUGCUGAUUUUGCAAAGCGCCUGCGUGAUCAUCCCUAUUCCCAGGCUGCUUUUCUUGCGGGCCAAGUUGGACAGUGCAGGCCGCAGAAAUCACGUGAUGCACAACAAGCGCCCCAAGAGCCACAGCCAGAUGAGAAUGCCCCGGCCGGUGCGGAUCCAUUUCCGUAUCCUGGCUAUGUUCUUCCUGACAGUGCACCGCUGAGUGAACUUGUGCCACCGCCAGCCAUCAAAAGUGAUUUUGUGCCAGAGCCACCGACGCCCAUGCAGGAGGACACUGGACCUGUUACGCCAUUGCCGGCAGCACCUUCCGAUGCAGAGGUUGUUAGCUCGCCUCUGGCUGUAGUGCCGGACGCUGAGGAGAAAGCCGAGGCGCCAAAUGCUGAUCGUGCCACGGGGUCAACCGAUCCUGCUCCUUCGCCUGAGCCAGCGGCCGUGCGUGUGCCCACCAGGGCUGCUGAGCCGAGUGCAAACGAGCCGCGGAAACGGCUUCGUCUUGAUGCUGUGACGUUUGAUGGAGUCGACAUGUACCACAAUCACGAGGACAAUGUGAGGGAUGACACGCGGCCGGAGUCAAACAUUCCUGAAUGCUUCUUGGUCCCCUGGAGUGAACAUGAGCCCGAGCUGAGCCCUGAGCAGCUUGCACAUGUGGAUGCAGUCGCAAUGCAGUUUGAGGUUGAUCGUCUCCUUGGGAUCCCUGCUCUUGAGCGCUGUUCGCAGAUCCUGCCAGAGCACAAGCGUUUGACCCGUUUUGUGGUAACAUGGCGUUGCAAGACCAUUUCAGGUUGCACAUAUUGGCUCAGACGAGCCAGGCUUGUGGCUCGUGAUUUUGCAUUUUUGUGCCCAGGCCGUACCGAUUUGUUUUCCCCUGCAUCGAAUGCGCUGCAAAGCAAGAUCAUCCCAUGUGUCUUCAUUGACAACUACCAUAAGGGUUGGCAGUUGGUAUCAUUAGAUGUUACGGAUGCUUACUUGAAUUGCCCGCAGGCAGAGGACACAUGCACAAGUGUCACGAUCAAUGGCGAACGCUUGUAUUUCAAGCUUCUCAGGCUUCUUCCGGGCCAGCGGGAAGGGAGCCAAACAUGGUUCUAUCAGUUUACCGAUGCCUCGAAAGUCGGAAGCCGCAUCGAGUUGAUGCAAGAGGUGCCAUCGCUGUUCCGGUUCCAACCUGAGGAUGGCAGAGGCGGGGGACUUGUGCACGUCGAUGAUUUACUCGGCACAGGCCCUGCAAGUGUGAUCAAGUGCAUGACCGAUCAUCUUGCAAGGGAUUACAAAGUGACCGUGAAUUUGAUUUCGGUGCCGGGCCAGGAGGUUCAUUUUCUUAAGAAGCGGCAUUAUCUUUUGUCGAGCACAGAGUUGCUGAUUGAAGUGAGCCCGAAACACUUGGAAAAGUUGAAAUCGCUUUGUGGCCAUCCCGAGCACCGAAAAUCACCUCUCCCGUCCGGGCGAUUGCCCACGGAGCAGGAGGACGAUGCACCAUUGUCCCAGGACCAGGCAUUCCGUUUUCGGUCAGCCGUUGGAGUGCUGCUAUACUUGCAGUCAGAUCUCCCGCACGCCGUGCGCAGCAUUCGCCACUUGUCAGGUUUCAUGUCGUCCCCGACCGUUGGGGCAUGGGCAAUCCUGCGGCAUUUGGUCGGUUACUUGAGUGUCACUGAGGGGUACUGUGCAUGCCUCACGGCCGGUGGCAUCGGAAACGGCGUGCAAGUGCAUCGCCCAGGGAUCAACGUCAUCGAGACGUUCAGUGAUGCUGACUGGGGUGGAUGCCGAUCCACCCGACGCUCUGUUUCUUCAUCCGUGAUCCUUUGCAACAGCAAGUUCAUCCAUGCAGCGUCCAAAACGCAAAAGUCGGUCGCACUAUCCAGUGCGGAAUCUGAGUUUAGUGCUGCGGUGUCAGCCGCGAUAGAUGGGACCCUUGUUGCAAGCAUGAUGCGGUUUGUGUCUCCAGAGCCAACAACACCGCCCCUCUUGAUGAUAGACAAUGCCGCUGCUCGCGCGAUCCUACAACGCGCCGGGGUCGGGCGCGUGCGCCAUCUUGACGUGAAGCUGCUGUGGACGCAACAAAGAGUUGCGGAAGGCCUGCUGGAGGUGCUACCGGCACCUACGCGUACAAACGUCGCAGACAUUGGCACGAAGCUCCUUGGGGUGCAGCGCACAGAGGUUGGUGAUGCAAUCUUGAACACAGAGCACAAUGUCCAGGCCAUUCGCAAUGUGUGCAAGGAUUUGUCAAAGAUCGCAAAAGGUGAUGCCACGGCCAACACCGCCCGCAUCCUCAGUGUUAUCUUGACUGCCAUGCAGGCGACAGGAAGUUUGGGUGCGGAGGAUGGCAAUGAUGCCAAUGAUGACGACGCGACUUUGAGCUUUCUUGAUGCCAUUCUUGAAUCCUUAGUGCAGAUCGUUGGCUAUGCAUCCGCGGUGUAUGAAGCAUACCCUUGA